AUGUACGUCGAACAAAAUGUUCGAAUCUACAAGCAGCAGAAGGCAGAACAAGCUAAAUAUAAUUCAAAAUGUGCCGUCUACAAUAUCACUACAACGACUUCUAAGACCACGUCAACCACUACAACGUCUACGACAACCACAACAUCUACAACCACGAAAACGCCCACAACCACAACAACGUUUACGACCACUACCACGUCCACAACGCCUACAACAUCAGCAAUGCCUACCACCACAACAACGCCUACAACCACAACAAUUCCAACAACCACAACAUCGCCUAUAACUACAACAACGCCAACAACCACAACAACGUCUACGACUACUACCACGCCCACAACGCAUACAACAUCAACAAUGCCUACCACCACAACAACGCCUACGACCACAACAGCGCCCAAAACUACAACAACGUCUACGACCACUUCCACGCCCACAACGCCUACAACAUCAACAAUGCCUACGACCACAACAACGCCUACAACCACAACAACGCCUACAACAACCACAACAACGCCUACAACCACAAAAACGCCUACAACAACAACAAUGCCUACGACCACAACAACGCCUACAACCACAACAUGGCCUACAGCAACCACAACAACGCCUACAACCACAAAAACGCCAACAACCACAACAUCGCCUACAAUCACAACAUCGCAUUCAACAGCAACAUCGCCGACAACCACAACAUCGCCUACAACCACAACAACGACUACAACCACAACAAUGCCAACAACCACAACAACGCCCACAAAUACAACAACGCCUACGAGUACUACAAAGCCUACCAGCACCCCAACGUCAAAGACAACUACAGUCCCACAGAGUCAGUAUGGCAACGCGUGUACAACGAAUGCUGAUUGUUUAAUGUCAGCCGGCAUGUGUCGUUCAGGCACGUGUUCGUGUCAAGUCGGUUACAGACACAACCCUUCAUCCGGCUCAUGUGUUACAGGCUGUAUUACCUACGGUUCGGAAUAUAUCGAAUAUUUAGACAUGAUCCUUUGGGUACAGAAAAGUGUGGAAGAAUACAGCAGUGUUGAUCUAUCUCAGUGCAAGGAAUACUGUUCUAGUUUCAACACAUGCCGUGGUUUCAACUACGAUACAUGGAACAAUAGUUACCUAUGA